AUGAAGAACAUUCACUGGUUUAUCCUGAAACUUGUCAGCUUUACAACUCUUGGCUUCAUAUGGAUUUCUGUGGUACAGUCCACAGUUUUAAACAACUGCCUUAAGUCCUGUGUAACUAACCUGGGCAGGCAAUUUGAUAUUGGGUCACCAUCGAAUCUCAGUGUACCAUGUAUCCAAGGAUGUCAUUUUUGGAACUCUGUAGACCAGGAAAACUGCACUUUAAUGUGUCGAGAGUCAUGUGAUGUUGGCUGUAGCAUUGCAGAAGGUGCCCAUGAAGAUCAAGUACUAGAAGACACAGAACUUCCUUCAGCACCGUUUGCAUCUUCCAUUGGAAGCCAUAGUGUGGCACUGCGAUGGAAACCUGCUAACAUCUCUGGAGUAAAAUAUAUCAUUCAAUGGAAAUAUGCACAACUUCCAGGCAGCUGGACUUACACAGAGACUGUGUCCAAGCUCUCAUACAUGGUGGAAUCCCUACAUCCCUUCACUGAGUACAUUUUCCGAGUGGUUUGGAUCUUCACAGCCCAGCUUCAGCUUUAUUCUCCCCCAAGUCCCAGCUACAGGACUCAUCCUUAUGGAGUUCCUGAAACGGCUCCUUUCAUUAACAACAUAGAAAGUUCAAGUCCUGAUACUGUGGAAGUCAGUUGGGCUCCACCUCAAUUCCCAGGUGGACCUAUUUUGGGUUAUAAUUUAAGGCUGAUUAGCAAAAAUCAAAAAUUAGACUCAGGGACACAGAGAACUAGUUUCCAGUUUUAUUCUACUCUCCCAAACACCACAUACAGGUUUUCUAUUGCCGCAGUCAAUGGAGUUGGUGAGGGGCCAGAAGCAGAAUCUAAUAUUACCACUUCAUCUCCAGCAGUUCAAGAAGAGGAGCAAUGGCUCUUUUUAUCCAGAAAAACUUCAUUAAGGAAGAGAUCUUUAAAACACUUAGUAGAUGAAGCACGCUGCCUUUGGUCUGAUAUUAUCUACCGUAAUAUUACAGGAAUAUCAGUUAAUGUCCAGCGGGAAACUGUUUAUUUCUCUGAAGGAUUUCUCAUAUGGGUGAAGGAGGUUGCUAAUAUGUCUGAUAUGUCUGACCUGAGAAUUUUCUACAGAGGUUCAGGAUUAAUUUCUUCCAUCUCCAUAGACUGGCUUUACCAGAGAAUGUAUUUCAUCAUGGAUGAACUGGUGUGUGUCUGUGAUUUAGAAAACUGCUCAAAUUUUGAGGAAAUUACUCUGCCCUCUGUUAUGGCACCUCAAAAAGUCGUAGCAGAUUCCUACAAUGGGUAUGUCUUUUAUCUCCUGAGAGACGGCAUUUACAGAGUUGACCUCCCUGCGCCAUCUGGCAGGCCUGCUCCAGCGGUGCGCAUUGUGGAGAGUUGGACAUUAAAGGACUUUGCAAUAAAGCCACAGUCCAAGAGAAUCAUUUACUUCAAUAACACCGCCCAAGCCUUCAUGUCCACAUUUCUGGAUGGCUCAGCUUCCCAUCUCAUCCUUCCUCAUGUCCUCUUCGCUGAUGUGAAGAGCUUUGCUUGUGAAAACAAUGACUUCCUUGUCACAGAUGGCAAAGCUGUGUUCCAACAGGAUUCUCAGUCUUUUAAUGAGUUCAUUGUGGGAUGUGACCUCAGUCACAUAGAGGAAUUUGGGUUUGGUAACUUGGUCAUUUUCGGCUCAUCUGUCCAGCCACACCCGCUGCCAGGCCGCCCACAGGAGCUGUCCGUACUCUUUGGCUCUCACCAGGCCCUUGUUCAAUGGAAGCCUCCCGCCCUCGCCAUAGGAGCCAGUGAUUCUUGGUUUGUUCUUGUCUUGGCCAAUGACAUGUUGAAUUCUUUAGGCCCGUCUGCCUGGCAGAACUGGACUUACGAAGUGAAAGUAUCAACCCAAGAUCAUCCCGAAAUCACUCAAGUUUUCUCCAAUAUAAGUGGGACUAUGCUUAAUGUACCUGAGCUGCAGAGUGCUACGAAGUACAAGGUGUCUGUGAGAGCAAGUUCUCCCAAGGGCCCAGGACCCUGGUCAGAGCCCUCUGUGGGGACUACCUUGGUGCCAGCUAUUGAACCACCAUUUAUCAUGGCUGUAAAGGAAGAUGGACUUUGGAGUAAACCAUUAAAUAGCUUUGGCCCAGGAGAGUUCUUGUCUUCUGACAUAGGGAAUGUGUCAGACAUGGAUUGGUACAAUAACAGCCUCUACUACAGUGACAUGAACGGUGAUGUUUAUGUGUGGCCGCUGAAUGGGACAGAUACUUCAGAAUAUUAUCACAUCCCCAGCAUCACAGGAGCAGGGGCGUUAGCUUUUGAGUGGCUGGGUCACUUCCUCUACUGGGCUGGGAAGACAUAUGUGAUACAAAGGCAGUCUGUGUUGACUGGACACACUGACAUUGUGACCCAUGUGAAGCUACUGGUGAACGACAUGGUGGUAGAUUCAGUCGGUGGCUAUCUCUAUUGGACCACAUUCUACUCAGUUGAAAGCACUAGGCUAAAUGGGGAAAGUUCCCUCAUACUACAGGCACAGCCCUGGUUUUCUGGGAAAAAGGUUAUUGCUCUAACUUUGGACCUCAGUGAUCAGCUCCUCUAUUGGUUGGUUCAGGACAAUCAGUGUAUUCACCUAUACACAUCUAUUCUUCGAGGACAGAGCACUGAGGAUGUCCACAUCACAGAAUUUGCAGCCUGGAGCACUUCUGAGAUUUCCCAGAAUGCACUGAUGUACUACAGUGGCCGACUCUUUUGGAUUGAUGGUUUUAGCAUUAUCACUGCACAGGAAAUAAGUCAGAGAACCAGUGUGUCCGUUUCAGAAGUGGCCAAAUUUAAUCAGUUCACCAUUAUUCAGACAUCCCUCAAGCCUCUGCCAGGGAACUUUUCCUCAACUCCCAAGGUGAUCCCAGAUUCUAUUCAAGAGUCUUCAUUCAGAGUUGAGGGAAAUGGUUCAAGCUUCCAAGUCUUGUGGAAUCCCCCCCCUGUGGUGGAUUGGGGUACAGUUUUCUACAGUAUAGAAUUUAGUGCUCAUUCCAAGUUCCUGGCUACUGAGCAGUCUUUGCCAAUGUUUACUGUGGAAGACCUGCAGCCCUAUGCUUUAUUUAACCUUUCAGUCACUCCUUAUACCUACUGGGGAAAGGGCCCCAAAACAUCUCUGUCAUUUCGAGCACCUGAAACAGUUCCAUCAGCACCAGAAAAUCCCAGAAUAUUUAUAUUACCAAGUGGUCACAAGCUCAACCACAGUAAAGUUGUGGUGGAAUUCAGGUGGAAUAAGUCCAAGCAUGAAAAUGGUGUGUUAAGAAUGUUUGAAAUUUUCUAUCAUAUAUCCAACCAAAGUGACACAAAGAAAAUCUUCCAAGACUGGACAGCUGUUAAUGUCACUCCCUGGGACAUGUCUUUUCAACUUGCAAGCAUGGAUCCUGGGUACAUUGUUGCCUUCCAGGUUCGUGUCUUCACAUCUAAAGGACCAGGACCAUUUUCUGACAUAGUGAAAACUAAAACUUCAGACAUCAACCCAUUACCUUACCUCAUAACCCUUGCUGACAACAAGGUAGAGUUUUUAGAUAUGGAUCAAAACCAAGUCAUGUGGACAUUUUCAGUAGAGGGAGACCUCAGUGCCUUGGGAUACACCGCUGACAAUCACAUGGGGUAUUAUGCUCAAGGAGACACCAUCUUCCUUCUGAAUUUGCAUAACCGUUCCAGCUCUGAGCUUUUCCAAGACACACUGGUUUCUGACAUCACAGUUAUUGCAGUAGACUGGAUUGCAAGGCACCUCUACUUUGUGCUGAAAGGAUCACAAAAUGGAACACAAAUAUUUGCUGUUGAUCUUGAACAUAAAGUGAAAUGCCCCAUGGAAGUGAAGACUUGUAACACAGAUUCAACAAUAAUCUCUUUUUCUAUCUACCCAUUUUUAAGUCGCUUAUAUUGGACAGAAAGUUCCAAUCUGGGCUAUCAGAUGUUCUACUGCAGUGUUAUCAAUCACACCUUGCACCAAAUUCUGAAACGCACAGCAACAAUCCCACAGAAUGCAAGGAGCCAGUGCUCUUGCAAUGUGACGGAAGUUGAGUUAGGUGCAGCAAUGACUGUUGAUGCCUCCAACCUAGCGGAACCACGGAUAUACUUUACGAAAGGACAAGAGAUCUGGGCUACGGAUCUAGAAGGAUGCCAGUGCUGGAGCAUUGUCAUGGCGCCUGACAUUCUCGUAGGAAAACCACUUGAUAGCUUAACGGUGGAUGGGGAGUUUAUAUACUGGACCACCAAAGCCAAAGACAGCACACAGAUUUACCAAGCAAAGAAAAGAAAUGGGGCCAUCCUCUCCCAAGUGAAGACCCAGAGGAGCAAGCAUAUCUUGGCUUACAGCUUAGUGAUGCAACCUUUCCCAGACAAUGCCUAUCUGACUCUAGCUUCAGAUGUUGGAGAACCAAUUAUACUUAAUGCCACCAACACCAGCCUUACAAUCAGAUUACCUCCAGUCAAGACAAAGCUCACUCUGCAUGGCAUCAUCAGCCCCACACCAACCUUCUUGGUUUAUUAUAGGGAAGUUAAUGACAUUACAACCAGCUCUGAACUGAACUAUAGAAUGCUGGAAUCUCAGGAAGAUAUAGUCCUUAUGGGUGGAUUACAACCAUUUUCCACAUAUGUGAUACAAAUAGCAGUAAAGAAUUAUUAUUCUGAUCCUUUGGAAAGCUUACCUCUGGGAAAAGAGGUUUUUGGAAAAACUAAAAGUGGAGUACCAGAGGCGGUGUGUGUUAUUAAUGCAACUGUGCUGUCAGACACCAGGCUCCUUAUAUCCUGGAGAGAAUCUCAAAAGCCAAAUGGACCAAAAGAUUCUGUCCGCUAUCAGCUGACAAUCUCACAUCUGGCCCCAAUUCCUGAGACUCCUCUAAGACAAAGCGAAUUUCCAAAUACACAACUUAGCCUCCUUGUUACUAAACUGUCUGGUGGACAACUCUACGUGUUAAAGGUUCUGGCCUGCCACCCCGAGGAAAUGUGGUGUGCUGAGAGUCAUGCUGUCACUGUGAAAAUGUUCAAUACACCGGAGAAACCCUAUGGCUUGAUCCCAGAUAACACUAGUUUGCAAUUUGAUUGGAUGGCACCACCUAAUACUAACCUCAUAAGAUUUUGGUUUGAACUCCAGCAGUGGAAACACAAUGAGUUUUACCACGCCAAAGCUUCCUGCAGCCAAGGCCCAGCUUAUGCCUGUAACAUCACGGACCUACAACCUUACACCUUCUAUCAUGUCCGAGUAGUUGUGGUUUAUAUGACGGGAGAAAAUAGCACCUCACUUUCAGAAGGCUUUAAGACAAAAGCUGGAGUCCCAAGUAAACCAGGCAUUCCCAAACUAUUAGAAGGGAGUAAAAAUUCAAUACAGUGGGAAAAGGCUGAAGACAAUGGAAACAGAAUUCUUUACUACAUUCUUGAGAUCAGAAAGGGCAUUUCAAACGACGCACAGAACCACAACUUAAGGUGGAAGAUGGCAUUUAAUGGGUCCUGCAAUAGCAUUUGCACAUGGAAGUCCAAAAACUUAAAAGGAACAUUUCAGUUUAGAGUAGUAGCUGCAAAUAAUCUUGGGUUUGGUGAACAUAGUGAAGUGAGUGAGGAUAUUAUAUUAGCUGAAGAUGGUUUUUGGACAGCAGAAACAAGUUUCGUACUUUCUAUCAUACUUGGAAUAUUUCUGAUUGUUACAGUCCCAUUAACCUUUGUCUGGCUUAGAAGAGCAAAGAAUCAAAAACCUUCCAAGGAAGCGCUGACAGUUCUCAUAAACGAAGACAAAGAGCUAAGUGAGCUUCGCGGUGUGGCAGCAGGCGUGGGGCUGGCGAAUGCCUGCUAUGCAAUACAUACUCUUCCAACCCAAGAGGAGAUUGAAAGACUUCCUACUUUCCCUCGGGAAAAACUGACUCUGCGUGUCUUGUUGGGAAGUGGAGCCUUUGGAGAAGUAUAUGAAGGAACAGCUGUAGACAUCUUAGGAGCCGGAAGUGGAGAAAUCAAAGUAGCUGUGAAGACUUUGAAGAAGGCCUCUACAGACCAGGAGAAGAUUGAAUUCCUGAAGGAAGCACAUCUGAUGAGCAAGUUUAAUCAUCCCAACAUUUUGAAGCAGCUGGGGGUCUGCCUGUUGAAUGAACCCCAGUACAUCAUCCUGGAACUGAUGGAAGGAGGAGACCUUCUAACCUAUCUGCGCAAAGCCCGAAAGUCAAAGUUUCAUGGUCCUUUACUCAACUUGGUUGACCUUGUUGACUUGUGUGUAGAUAUUUCAAAAGGCUGUGUAUACUUGGAGCAGUUGCAUUUCAUUCACAGGGAUCUAGCAGCUCGGAAUUGCCUUGUCUCUGUGAAAGAUUACACCCGUCCUUCACGGGUAGUGAAAAUUGGGGACUUUGGACUUGCGAGGGACAUCUAUAAAAAUGACUAUUAUAGAAAGAGAGGGGAAGGCCUGCUUCCUGUCCGCUGGAUGGCUCCAGAAAGCUUGAUGGAUGGAAUCUUCACGACUCAAUCUGAUGUAUGGUCUUUUGGAAUUCUGAUUUGGGAGAUUUUAACUCUUGGUCAUCAACCUUAUCCAGCACAUUCCAACCUUGAUGUUUUAAACUAUGUACAAACAGGCGGAAGAUUGGAGCCACCAAGAAAUUGUCCUGAUGAUCUGUGGAAUUUAAUGUCUCAAUGCUGGGCUCAAGAACCUGAACAAAGGCCUACGUUUGAUAAGAUUCAAGAGCAGCUUCAGUUGUUCAGAAACUUUUCCUUAAGAAGUAUUCCUCAGUGCCCAAAUGAAGCCAUCAAUGGUGGAGUCAUAAACGAAGGCUUUGAAGGUGAGGAUGACAAUAUGAUUAGCUUAAAUUCAGAUGACACUAUGCCAGUUGCUUUGGUGGAAACCAAGAACCAAGAAGGGUUAAACUAUAUGGUGCUUGCCACAGAAUGCAACCAAGUUGAAGAGUGUUCUGAGGGUCCUCUAGGCGCCAAGGAAUCUGAAUCCUGUGGUCUGAGGAAAGAAGAGAAGGAACCACAUGCAGACGAAGAUUUCUGCCAAGAGAAACAAGUGGCUUGCUGCCCUCCUGGCAAGCCUGGAGGUCUGAACUAUGCUUGUCUCACUCACAGUGGAUAUAGAGAUGGGUCUGAUUAA